AUGUCUAAUUUCCUGAUGAGAAACCUCUUGUCUCAAGAAUUUACACUAAAGUUGCUAUAUGGGGCCCUCUGCUUUGGAUUAUCAGGAGCGGCAAGAGGUCUAGACGAAGGACUUAUUGCAAGCACAGUAUCAGAGGAAUCCUUUAUUCGAAAAUUCCAUUUAGACGCUGCUGGUCUAAGUGCUACCGAAAAAGCCAAUCGUCUAUCCAAUGUUACGUCCAUGGUUCAUAUGGGGAGUCUUCCGGGGGCAAUCCUCGGUUUCCUUCUAUGUGAAUGGAUUGGAAUUCUUUGGACAAUGAGAGAGUUAUGCUUAAUUUGGAUAGUCGGUUUGAUUGUCUUCCUAACAUCUCAUACUCUUGAUGAUGUUUAUAUCGGUCGAUUUUUCAUGGGAUUGGGCAUUGGUCAAGCAGGAGUCAUCGCACCCGUUUACUUGGCAGAGAUAUCACCACCAAGAAUUCGCGGUAUGAUGUAUUUUGCUAUUUGGGGCGCAUCUAUCCAUAUCUCAAAUUCCAGCUCAACUCAAUGGAUUGUGCCACAAAGUGUUCAAGCCAUGUGGGCGGUUUUUUUAUUCAUUCUGUCACUUUUUUGUGAGGAAAGUCCUCGAUUCCUUUGCAAAAAGGGCACCCCUGAGAAAGCCUGUGAGGUCUUUGCAAGGCUCUGGGGUCUGCAUCCUAUGGAUCCAGCUAUUCAGACAGAGAUGCGAAAUAUAAGAAAGCAACUGAAGCAGGAAGAAGAGACUACUGGCUGGUACCUGAUCUCAUCUCUCAAAGAGCUCUUCACUCAGCGGUCCAAUCUGCGUCGCAUUAUUUUUAUCCUGUGUUUACAAGUGUUGAGUCAAUGGUCCGGACCAAACUCGAAGCUAGCAUAUGCUCCGGAGUUAUUCGGUCUUUUUGGUAUCAGUGGACAAGACGAAAAGCUCUUCGCCACGGCGAUAUUUGGACUGGUCAAACUAAUAUCUGCAUUGAUAUGCGCAGUAUUGCUCAUUGACCGACUGGGCAGAAAGAAAACCCUCUAUAUAGGGAUUACCCUUCAAGUUCUGGCUCUCAUCUAUGACUCUAUCUUCCUAACAGUUUACUCCAACCUAUCGAGCUCAAAUAAACACUCAAGCUCAACGAUGCAAGCCGCAGUUGGGUCAAUCGUUUUCAUGUAUUUUAUUGGUGUUGGCUGGGCAAUGGGGUGGAACUCCAUUCAAUAUCUCGUCACAGCAGAGACUUUUCCUCUACGCGUCCGUCUUUGUGGUGCAAGUCUGGCUACUUGCAUUCAUUUCGGAAAUCGUAUCGGUACAUCUAAGGCUACCCCAUAUUUGCUACUUAAUUCUGGGUUAACACCAGCGGGAACCUUCUGGUUUUUUACUGGAGUCUCACUAUUAGGACUCAUCUUUGCCAUUUUCUACCUUCCAGAGACAUCGGGCAAAGGACUAGAGGAAACAAAUCAGCUAUAUGCGGGAUUACCUGCCUCGCACUCUAUGAGUAGCGCUGCCGGCACUUCUACCACUACUGAUGCAUCUCUUCCCUUUGACCCAGAGAAUAUAGGUAAAACUACCUUCCAUCCAUCUGGAUUCAAAUACUUUACGUCCUUGAUAUCUUGA